UUGAACAAUAGAAUACAAAAUAGUAGUUUGGGAAGAUCCUCUCAUCCAGAGCAGCAGCCGAUGAAUCCAUUUAUUUAUACAAAUUAGUCCAAAAUCUGACGGAAAAAUAUUACAAAUCUCCGAAUCCAACCUUCUUCCCCAAUCGGAAUCGUAUCCUCCCUCCGUCGUUGAAGCUUCCGGCGAGCGACCAGAGAGGUAAGUGUUGAGCAUUUGUGCUAAUGGACGAGGUGAUGACGGUUGGGGAUGCGUUCUCGUCGUCCGUUAAACCGUCGUUGUUUCCAUUGGCACCGGAUCCUUUGCUCACUUCCAAUCUCCCUCUUAUCUCCGCCUUCCUCGCUGGCGCCAUCGCCCAGUUUCUCAAGAUCUUUACCACCUGGUAUAAGGAAAGAAAAUGGGAAUCUAAACGGAUGUUUGGUUCUGGCGGAAUGCCUUCAUCUCACUCUGCAACUGUGACUGCUUUGGCCCUUGCUAUUGCCCUGCAGGAAGGAUCCGGAGGACCUGCUUUUGCCGUCGCCGUAGUCUUUGCAUGUGUUGUAAUGUAUGAUGCUUCUGGAGUCAGACUUCAUGCUGGUCUUCAAGCCGAGUUGCUGAACCAAAUAGUUUGCGAGUUUCCUCCUGAACAUCCUCUGUCCAGUAUUAGACCAUUGCGAGAUUCACUUGGACACACUCCACUUCAGGUUGUUGCAGGUGCUGUGCUGGGAUGUCUAGUGGCUUAUUUUACAAGAAAUCAAAACUAGAUUAUGGAAUUUGAACAUCAGGAUCAAGUAUGGCUUUUCAUUCAUUGGAACCACUUGAACAAGUGUAAAGAAAAAAAAUGGUUGCUGUUAAGGCAUUGGACUGGGUGAUUGUUCUUCCAUAAUUGGGACUCCAAUGAAUGCAGAAAUGAUAUAUUCUUUGGUUCA